AUGGCAAAAGCUAAAAAAACGAAGAGCGAACGGCCUAGCAUUGAAACUGAUACUCUUGAUCAAGUGAAACAGAAUAAACAGUUAGAAGAGUUCCAAGGUUUUAAAGUUCUCCCUGUCAUAAUGAGCGAAAGUGAUAAGAGCAUACGACAUUAUUUUUAUAUGAAAAAGCACGAAAGCAAAUCAUUAGUCGAUGAAGACAUCAGAGAUCGUACUCUUUUUCUACUAAAUUUGCCAGCAGAUACAACUGAUCGUCAUUUAAGAAAGUUGUUCAAAGGACAUAGCAUUGACCAGAUCACCUACAGCGACUCCGGCUCUUCAAAAAUUGAAUUAAGAAAAUUAUUUACUGGUGGAUCGUCUGCGCAUAUUGUCUUUACCACAGAUCAAGAUCUUGAGGAUGUUCUAAAUAUGCGCAGAGUGGAAAAAAAAUGGGCAAAAGAAGAUGAGGAAACAGACCAACCUUUAGGACUUCAACGUUAUGUGCUGGCAUACAAUUUAUCUCGACCGAAUGCUAAGGAUCUACAACAUGAAGUAGACUCUUUCAUGAUGAAGUUCAAGGCAGACGAAUAUCGAAAGGAACGUGAAAGAUUGGAGCGUAUGAACAAAAUGGAUGAAGAUGGCUUUACAUUGGUUGUUAAUCAUAAAAAGGCAAAGACAACAGAUGGUACAAUUCAUGUAGGCGCUAUUAGUGCUGAGGCAGCUGAAGCGCAGAAGGAAUACUACGCGCAAAAGCAAAAGAAGAAGGAAUUAGUCAACUUUUAUAGAUUCCAAAUGCGUGAACAGAAGCAAAAAGAAUUGAAGGAUUUGAGACGAAAGUUUGAAGAAGAUAAAGAAAAGAUUGCCCGUUUGAAGCAAAGUAGAAAAUUCAAGCCUUAUUAG